AGACACACGUAAUUAUAACCAACACUUAAAAAUAAUAAAUAAAAAAAAUAACCUCCCUAAAGAAAAGGAAUAGCACACAUAAAUAAAUUUUGGAUUUCGAAGAAGCUUGAUACCUCGAGAUCUUCUCAGAUCGGAGCGCCACCGCCACCAUUAUUGAGCGUCAUGGGGAGGGAAGUUACUGGCAUACAGCAGGUUGAGGACAAUAAGCCAAAUGGUAGAUUGGGAGAUAGAGUGCGUGUUUCUCCCAAAAUUGCAGCAAUGGUUCAGGCAAUAGAUCAUGAGAAAAAAGACGUGUUGAGUGCCAAAAACACAAAACUAAAUGCUGGCUUGCCUCCUGCUGAGAAGAAUGAGAAAUCUGAAGUACAGAAGGUGAAUGACAAUCAAGAACUAAGCUCACCUACUGCAAUAUCAAUUUCUCUGGAUAAAGAGCACACAAGCCCCCCUGCUCCACAGCCAUCUGAUCAGGCUACUGAAAAGCAUGUAACCCACACACAGACUGUUGAUACUGAAGCUGUUGCAACUGAACAGAACUUGUCACCAAAAGCUAACAACAUGGACUCACCUAAUUCCUCAAAGAAUUCACAGCCGAACACACCUUUUUCAUCAAAGAAGCCCUUGCCACAUGAUGAUAAGAAGCACCAUGAUGAUGAAGAUAAUUGGUCUGUUACUUCCUCCGCUGCAUCUGCACGCACCGCUAGAUCUAAAGUCACUGUUGGUUCAGCACCUACAUUUAGAUGCUACGAUCGUGCAGAGAAACGGAAGGAGUUUUAUAUGAAAUUAGAGGAGAAAAAUCGAGCUCUUGAAGAAGAAAAAAUGCAGUAUGAGGCAAGGCGAAAGGAAGAGGAGCAAGCAGCCCUUAAGCAGUUGAGAAAGAAUUUGGUCAUUAAAGCAAAACCAGUACCAAGCUUCUACUAUGAGGGGCCUCCCCCUAAGACUGAACUCAAGAAGCUGCCACUGACUCGCCCCAAGUCACCAAAACUAUCCCGGAGAAAGAGCUGUGGUGAUGCUUCUGUCCUCUCUUCUCCAGAUUCAUCUACUCGAGCACGUAACAGCGUUGGCACUAACGUCAACUCCGGAUCUGGUAGCCCUGUCCCCCUAAAAAACAAGGACAGGACCACUGGACGUAAUAGCAAUGGCACUUGCAAGACCAAAGAACGACCAAAACUGGAUAAGGAGACAAGAACAGCUCCACCUAAGAUCACCGAGCAGACAAAUGCGGACAUAUCAGUCGAAUCAUGAGCUUCCAAAGAUUUUACUGACCUCCAGUUGAGAGGAAAAUGGCCUUGAUUUUCCUUGAUCACAUCAAAUGUGAUGUUUGCAGCAGAAGAGAUGGCCUUAUUUUCUUUUCAUCAGGACUGACAUUUUUAAGUGGUUUGUUUUUAACUUGAAUUGUAUAUGUUUUGUUAAUUUGUAAGUUAUACUGGGAGACAUCAUUUUAUAUAUAAAUAGUUAUUGAUGUAAGAUACAUGAAUGAAAUCUGAUAUUCCCCA